UUCCCAAGUAUUGGUUUGACAUGUUAGAUACCAAUAUGACUUACAAGUUGUAACCUUUAGACAUUGAAUGGUAGCUAAAGCAUAUUUAAAGGUUAGAUCAGAGCCUGAAAUAUAGAAAACUGAGACCGGAGGGUGACAGUACAACUAAUACGGAGACUAGACAGAGAGAGAGGAGACCCACAGAGAUCGGGAAGGGAGAGAGAGAGAGAACAGUGCCUGUGAAAGUGAGAUGAAGGGUCCAGUAGCAGUGACUGGAGCAGCUGGUUAUGUUGGAUCAUGGCUUGUUAUGAGGUUACUUCAAGAGGGUUACACAGUCCGGGCGACCGUUCGGGAUCCCACUGAUCUCAGGAAGACAAAGCCCUUGUUGGACUUCCCAGAAGCGAGCGAGCAACUUACCCUCUGGAAGGCAGACCUGGAUGACGAAGGCAGCUUCGACGAGGCAUUCAAAGGAUGCACUGGAGUUUUCCAUGUGGCCACCCCGAUGGACUUUGAAUCAACAGACCCUGAGAACGAAGUGAUCAAGCCCACAAUCAAUGGAGUUCUGAAUGUAAUGAGAUCAUGCAAGAAAGCCCAGACAGUGAAGCGUGUCAUCUUCACAUCUUCCGCCGGAACUGUGGCCGUUCAAGAGCAGCAGCAGCCGCAAUAUGAUGAAACCUGGUGGAGCAAUGUUGAAUUCUGUAGACGAACCAAGACGACCGGCUGGAUGUAUUUCGUGUCGAAAACAUUGGCAGAGAAAGCUGCAUGGGAUUUUGCAAAGGAGAACUGCUUAGAUUUCAUAACUAUCAUCCCAUCACUAGUUGUUGGUCCCUUUAUCAUGUCAAGCAUGCCACCCAGCAUGAUCACUGCCAUGGCUCUAAUAUUGGGAAAUGAAGCUCACUAUUCCAUUCUGAAGCAGCACAACCUGGUUCACCUGGAUGAUCUGUGCAAUGCUCAUAUUUUCCUGUUGGAGUAUCCCAAAGCAGAGGGAAGAUACAUCUGCUCCUCCAGGGACAUGACCAUCUUUGAGCUUGCAAAGAUGAUGAAGGAAAGAUACCCAGAAUACAACAUUCCUACCUCGUAUUGUACUCCCUAUACAAUAAGGCUUUCAAUGAUUCUUCAUUACCUUGACUUAGGUUUAAGGGUAUUGAUGAGUCGAUUAAGCCUCUGCAUUUUUCUUCAAAAAAACUCACGGACCUAGGCUUCAAAUUCAAGUACACCACGGAGGAUAUGUUUGAUGGAGCUAUCCGCUCCUGCAGGGAGAAGAACUUGAUCCCACUUAAAACAGUAGAUAAGCCAUUUACUGUCAUCAAGGAAUAGACUCCUCAUCUAAGAAGCGUUUCUUUUGUGUUUCUGCAAUCUAUUUUGGGGUGAUUUAUUUGUCGGAAGCUUGAUGGAAUGAAUGAAACUAAUGCCAAGGUCUUUCAAAUUUUUCUUUUC